AUGGCACUGAGGACAGAGUCACUGCUGCUACUGCUGUUGGUGGUGCAUGGCAAGUUUAUCUCUGUCCCAGCGAAGGUCUGCAGACUACUAAGCCAGCCUGCCCUCCCAAUACUUUCUGCUGAAAGAGACAUCAACAUUGGGGCGAUUUUCUCACUCCACACAAGUGCUGUGCUAAAGAUGCAUCCUUUCACUUCCAAACCAGGGCCAACAACAUGCAGCAGUUUCAGUUUGCGUGAGUUUAAAUUUGCUCAGACACUGAUUUUUGCCAUUGAGGAGAUCAAUAACAGCACAGAACUGCUGUCUGGUGUUUCUUUGGGCUAUAAGAUAUAUGAUGCCUGUAAUACUGUAGCCCAGGCUAUCCUCUCAGGCAUGGCUUUGAUGAAUGGCAAUGAAGAGACUUUGAGUAAUGAGUCCUGCUUUAGACCACCAACUGUUCUUGCCAUUGUUGGAGAGUCAAACUCCUCUCCCACCAUGGGCCUGGCCUCUGUAGUAGGCCCAUUCAGCAUCCCUCUUAUCAGUCAUUUUGCCACAUGUGCAUGUCUGAGUGACAGAAAAAGAUAUCCAUCCUUCUUCAGAACAAUACCCAGUGAUUAUUACCAAAGCAGAGCACUGGCUCAACUAGUCAAGAACUUUGGCUGGACCUGGGUUGGUACGGUCAGGAGUCGCAAUGACUAUGGUAACAAUGGCAUUGCUGCAUUUGGAGCAGCAGCUCAACAAGAGGGUAUUUGUAUUGAAUACUCAGAGUCCAUAUUAAGAACUGAUCCACAAUCACAGCUCCUGAAGACAGUGGAAGUGAUAAAGAAGGCAACCUCCAGGGUGGUGCUGGCCUUUAUGUCAUUGGGAGAUAUUUUCUCCCUCAUGAAAGUAAUUGCACAACAGAACAUCACAGGGCUGCAGUGGGUUGGCAGUGAAUCAUGGAUCACUUCUCGAAUUCUUGCAGAAACAAAGGAAUAUAGAUUUCUCAACGGAGCUGUGGGCUUUGCUGUAGCAAAUGCAAAGCUUGAUGGCCUGAGAGACUUUCUAGUUAAUGUGCACCCUAAUCAACAACCAAAGAAUGAACUUUUAAAAGAAUUCUGGGAAACAGCAUUUCAGUGCUCUUUCAGGAACAGCAGGAGUGGUAAAGUUGACUGUAGUGGCUCAGAAAGCUUGGCAGAGCUGAAAAUUGAAUAUACAGAUGCAUCAGAGCUGCGAAUAGCAAGUAAAGUGUACACGGCAGUAUAUGCUAUCGGACAUACACUACAUAACAUAUUGAAAGACUUCAAAUCCUCCACCAACAGCAGCAAAGGAGAGUGGGCCACACCACAAAAGGUGCUGGAGUAUAUGAGAGAUGUCAACUUCUCUGCCAAAACAGGUGAGAAAAUAUUCUUUGAUGCAAGUGGUGAUCCAAUGGCAAGAUAUGACCUGGUGAACUGGCAGCCUGCUGAGAAUGGAGGUCUGCAGUUUAAGCACGUUGGCAUUUAUGACAGCUCACUGCCUUCAAAGCAAUGCCUUCAAGUUGAUCAGAAACACAUUGUAUGGGCAGGGAACAGUGGACAGUUGCCUGUAUCCGUGUGCAGUGAGAGCUGCCUCCCUGGCACUAGGAAGGCUAUUCAAAAAGGAAGGCCUGUCUGCUGUUAUGACUGUAUUCCAUGUGCAGAGGGAGAAAUCAGUAAUGAGACAGAUUCUAGUGACUGCUUUCCUUGUGAUUUGGAGUAUUGGUCAAAUGAAAGCAAAGACCGUUGUGUGUUAAAAGUGGUUGAAUUUCUUUCCUAUACAGAAAUCAUGGGGACAGUGCUUUCUAUUUUUUCGUCCAUUGGGGCAUUAUUAACGACAAUGGUAUAUUUUGUGUUUUAUCUUCAUAAAGAAACACCUGUUGUCAGAGCCAACAACUCAGAGCUGAGCUUCCUGCUGCUCUUCUCGCUGGCACUAUGUUUUCUCUGUUCACUUACUUUCAUUGGUCAGCCCACUGAGUGGUCUUGUAUGUUGCGUCACACAGCAUUUGGGAUCACUUUUGUACUCUGUGUCUCCUGUGUUUUGGGAAAAACAAUAGUGGUGUUAAUGGCCUUCAAGACUACACUUCCAGGAAACAAUGUCAUGAAAUGGUUUGGGCCCUUGCAGCAAAGACUAUGCAUUGUUUCCUUAACUUCAAUACAGGUGAUUAUCUGUGUGCUUUGGUUAACGAUAUCCCCUCCAUUCCCACAUAUGAAUUUGGAGCAUUACAGAGAAAAGAUAAUUCUAGAAUGCAGUUUAGGCUCAGCUAUUGGUUUCUGUGCUGUGCUGGGUUAUAUUGGUCUUCUAGCUUUCCUUUGCUUUGUUUUAGCUUUUCUAGCUCGGAAGCUUCCUGAUAACUUCAAUGAAGCCAAGUUCAUUACAUUUAGUAUGCUCAUAUUCUGUGCUGUUUGGAUUACAUUUAUCCCAGCAUAUGUCAGUUCCCCAGGAAAAUUCACUGUAGCUGUGGAGAUAUUUGCUAUUUUAGCUUCAAGCUUUGGUUUAUUAUUUUGUAUAUUUGCUCCAAAAUGUUACAUAAUUUUGCUAAAACCAGAGCAAAACACAAAGAAACAAAUGAUGGGGAAAUCUGCAUCCAAAACUCUUUAAACCCUUGAAAAAUCAUGUAAUCCAACAAUAUAGCUGUAACAAAUGUAUGUACCUUUUACAUAUCUGAAAUCAACAGAUACUUAACAAAAAAAAUUAUUAAAUCAGUUCUCUCUUUCAAGGACAAACAUAUGCGCUUGUGGGUUUUUAGGCUUAGACCAAUUUUCACAUUUCCUCCAUGAACAGGGCGUGAGCAAAACGUGAGCAGCGCGUUUUGUUUUGGCACCUAUAUUAACAGAUUACACUCUUCACAUUGCAGAUGUGAAUCAAGAGGUGUCGCAUUACAGAAGCAUCCCAGAUGAGGCAUCAAGCGGAUAUAUAUAUAGAAAAUAACCAAAAGCAAAUUUAAUACAAAUAUAUAAUCAGAGCCUACAACACACUACAAUCUGCAUAAAAAAAUUACACAAAUUAACCAAAUAAAAGAACGAACACAUAAACUGCAUUCCUUUAGCCUGUUUAUGUGGAUAUAGUAUGGGCUUUACAAUAUUAACAGAUCACCACCAAGUUCAAUGAAUAACAAACAAAUGCACAUGACUGCCUGCCCGUUUUCGUUGAAGCAACAACUUACCUAAUUUGGAUUUGCAUGGCCACAACAUUGGACGAGAUCCAAUUGAUUGUGGAGGUUGAAAAUGACAAAAUGCUGUGCAACCCUCAGAAGUUCUUAUACAAGAAUUUAUUAGAAAAGGAAAAGGCUUUCGCAGAUUUGUGCAGAUGGUAAUAUAAUGUUUGAAUUUCCUGUAAUAUUUGUCAUGCCUUCAUGUCAUACAAUAGAGUCAACCUAACAGUUUUUCCUGGUGCUCAUAUUUUGCUCACGUCCCGAUCAUGGAGGAUAUAUGAAACCGGCGUUAAAGGUUCAAAGGUUAAACAUUACUGCCUGGACAUACAGCAAAAAUACACUUUAUAGACAACUAAACUGGAGAGUUUUAUUUUGUGGAAACAUAUCAUGAGUAAUGUUGGCUACACAAUAGCACUGUUACUAUCAGGGCUGUCUGACCCAUUAGUUCUGCUCUCCACAGGCUGUGGGAGGCUGUGCCGUGUAGCCCAAAUCAGCACUAGGCACAAUGGACUCUCAAUGACCAUCUCCAUGACAGCCAUGUUCUGGACCUGCAUUGUGUACUACUUAAUAAAAAAUGACA